ACCGUCUUCAAAUGGUCUGCAAAAUGCUGUAAGACUCCAAUUUGUACAGUUUGUUAUAUCCAGUUAUAUGCUUUUUCCCCAUAAGUUUUGGAUUCCUUAAAAUGUGAACCAAACACUGACUUUCAUUUCGGCAUAAAUCGAAACUUAAGCCCCAUUAUAAAGCGGUUGGUUUCCGAGGUAUCAAAGACUCAGGUAUCAAAACUGUUUAAGCAAUUACCCGUGGGGGAUUCGCGCAGGUUCAACUGAAUAACGGAAACCGCAUGCUACGCUGGGUUUUUUCGCAUGUCUAGUAGCGGAGGUCGACGCGGGGUCAGGCCAACCCAACGCCAGGGCCAUGGCAACUUGUCAAGCCGAGGAUCGCACGGGAGAGUCUUGUUUGUAGGUGAAUAUGUGGGAACCAGUGCCCCUAGUGGCUGCGCUCAGGACAGGCGAGGGGGUGGCAGGUCGCAGUGCCAUGGCAAAGAGGCGGAGGUGGUCGGGAGCACACCAUGGAGACGGGAACACAGCACAGGAAGGGCUCUAUCUCAGCACUGUCCACCUCUCUCACUGGAUUUAACAGACCCUUGUAAUCUAGCUGGAAGUCCUGUGCAAAGCCAGAAGAGAAGGCCUGUAAGAGCAGGGGAUCAGUUUGCCCACAAGGACGGUAGAAGGGGUAGCCGCAGCAAAUCUCAGGGACAGACUGAAAACCUUUCUCUCCAUCCCUCGAGGAAUUCAAUUGUAAUCCCUGCGACAAGUAAACCCAAGACCCCAAGAAAUCGCAGGCCUCCAAAUGGCACCAAAAGCCACAAUGCUACAAAGAAUGGUGAAGGUCCAUCACACAGGGCAGUAAGCCAGCCCAACCUGCCUGACCUUGGCCACCACUCCCAGGGCCUUGCAUUUAGGGCCAGGAGGGGUGAGACGGCCCAGGACCCUGCUCACAAACCCAGCCAAAGACUAGACUUCUACUCCCUGAAAAUAAUCUUGCAGAUGGAGCCUUCAGAAGUAGUGAUGAAGCUGGCUGCUCCAGGGAGUGGCCUGAGGGAGCUUCUGGACAAGAAAAACACAAGAGACAAGCUGACCCAUAUUACUCUGGAUGUCCUCAGCAAGGCCUGCAGCUGCCGGACCAACAGGUAUAACUUGCAGCAUCUCCUCUCUGAGGUUAAGGACUCCCAGUUCCUGAAGACCACCAUCCCCAUGUUUGUGAGGACAAGAGGUGCAACAGUAGGCACGGAUGAUGAGAACACCGGAGAGCAGAAUAUAGCAAGAUUCAAGCAGAUUAUCAACCUGCACAUCACCCUGAUGAGUGUGUUCUCCUCUAGUACCAAUGUGCCCCUACUUGUGGUCCUCCUCGAGAAGGAGCUCACCCACUUGCAGCAAUCGGGGGUCGCCAUUGGAGAGGAUGUCAAGGAGAGCCUGGGGAAGCUCCAGAACAUGGCAGCCCACAUGCAGGAGAAGCGAGAUGGCACCCUUCGGUCAGACAACUACUCCUUUCUGCUGGGGAGGCAGGAUGAGGAGGGCAUAGAGGACUUCAGGCUCAUGUCUGUCUUCCCCACGUAUGAGGAUGUGCACGCCACAGAGCUGCCGUUCCUGAGGCCCAACAUCGUGGGUCAGACGUUUCAAGAUGGUGAAACCUACCUGGACACACACUUCCGCCUGCUUCGCGAGGACUUUAUCAAACCACUCAGGGAUGGGAUCUCCCAACUGCUCCAAUUUGAGGGGAAGGACCUUCGCCAUGGACGUUUCAAUGACAUUCACAUCUACUUUAAUGUACAAAUCAUGGUGCCAGUGUGCACACCUAAGGGAAUUCUUUACCAGGUUAAAUUUGAUGAAAAGAACUCGAAAAACGUCAAAUGGGAGAGUUCCAAGCGGCUACUGUUUGGAGCCCUGGUGUGCCUAUCCAUGGAUGGCUUCAAGACAAUGAUUUUUGCCACUGUGGCCGACCGGGAUGUGAAAGAACUCCGGAAGGGUGUUACUGUUCUCUUUUUCACUGAAGAAAGCAAGAGGAAGUUGGCAGACUUGUCCCCGAGUGAUGUGUUCCUCAUGGUGGAGAACACAGCCUUUUUUGAAGCUUACCGCCAUGUCCUGGAGGGUCUGCAGGAGAUGUCUGUGGAGGAACUACCUAUGCAGAGGUAUAUAGUCAGCUGUGAGAAAGACAUCUCUCCCCCUAAUUACCUUCUCGCCCAUCGGUGUGGUUACAGCCUCCAGACACUGGAGAACAAUAAGCGGCUGAAAAAAGACAUUACGAGAAAGAAAACUGUGAGGGACGUUUUGAACUUCAGUGACUGGCCCAGUAAAAAAACGCUUGGACUUGACAAUUCACAGAUGAAAGCAGUGCAGCUGGCCCUCACCAAGGAGCUCGCCAUCAUUCAAGGCCCACCGGGAACAGGAAAGACUUUUGUUGGUCUGAAAAUUGUCAAGGCUCUUCUGGACAAUGCCGAAGCGUGGCGUUCAGCAGCUGGUUCUCCUAUCCUGGUUGUCUGUUACACAAACCAUGCACUGGAUCAGUUCCUGGAAGGCAUUCUCAAGUUCAUGAGUAAAUCCUCAUUGUUGGUGCGAGUGGGAGGGAGAAGCUCAAGUGAAGCCCUAAAGAAGCUCUCUCUGGCUAAACUGAGGACACAACCCAACUUUAAGAAGAACCUGCCUGGUCACCUCAGAGCCAUGUACUCCAAGCUCAAGGAAGAAAGAGAGAUUUUGGAGGACACAAUUGAAAGCUUGGGAGCCAUGUUUGAAAGCUCAGCUAAGGGAGUUCUACAUGAGAGUGUGCUGGAAGAAUACAUUUUCUCUCUCCAUGGUGUGAAACUCAGAGGACAGCUUGGCGGAGGAGGUUUGUUCCGCAGAAAAAAGGCCCAGUCCGUGAUGCUGGAUUGGCUGGGGAUUUCCAUGUUGAGUCACAGCUCCAGGCAAAUGGGUGAGAUGGGUGAUACUGCUGAAGGUUGGGAUGAACAGGUUAGCUGGGAGGAGGGCAGCUGCACAAACUCAGUGGAUGACCUAGCGAGAAUGACAGAAUUCCUCUCGGUGCUUGAGCCUUUGGACAAUGAAGACGGCGCGAGCGAUGUGACCAGCGUAACUACGGAAGGAGAUGGAGAUGUGGGAGACCCUCUUCAAGUGACUGAGGAGGCGGAGCAGAUGCAGGCAGAGAGAAUUAUGGAGGGGGACAACAUGCAGAAGUACAUCCACAGUGCCCUUGAGAGGAUGGCAGCCACACAGAGGGAGGUCCUUGCUUACAUGCCAAAGGAAGAUGAUGAUGAUGAUGAUGAUGAUGAUGAGGAAGGGUGGGAGAUAACCCGAGAAAGGAAGAAGAAGCUGAAGAAUGAGGUGAAGCAGGAACUUAAGAAAAAGGACCACAUGCUCAAGAAGGAAGCAGAGCAGAUCACGGAUCUCUGGGGCCUGCCCUACAAGCAACGCUGGCAUCUCUACAGACUCUGGCUGGCGAUUUAUCGCAGAGAAAUAAGGACCAGGCUCAUUUCUUAUGAGAAUAAGUACCAGACAAUUGUGAACCGGAUGGACGAGCUGAGACAGCAAAAGGACAAGACUGUUCUCAGGAGCGCCAGCGUCAUCGGAAUGACAACCACAUGUGCAGCACGAUGCAGGCGGGUUCUGCAGGAUAUCCAGCCCAGGAUAGUCGUGGUGGAGGAGGCAGCUGAGGUUCUGGAGGCCCACAUUAUCGCCGCACUCACCUCUGUCUGCCAGCACCUCAUACUGAUUGGAGACCACCAGCAGCUCCGCCCCAGCACUGCGGUGUAUGAGCUUGCCACAAAAUUUAACUUGGAUGUGUCCAUGUUUGAGAGGCUCGUUGAUAUGGGCGUCCCUUACGUCAGACUGGACUACCAGCACCGAAUGCGCCCUGAGAUUGCACGGCUGUUGACACCACACAUCUACGACAAACUGAGAAACCACUCCUCUGUCCAUCUGUAUGAAAAUAUUAAGGGAGUAACAACAAAUGUCUUCUUUGUGGAUCAUGAUCAUCUGGAAGAGAACAUCCAGGAAGGCCAUAGCCGCCAGAACCUGCACGAGGCCACCUUUGUUAAAGCUCUGUGUAACUACCUGAUGUUGCAGGGCUAUGAACCCUCCCAGAUCACUGUCCUCACCACUUACAGUGGCCAGCUGCUCUGCCUGAAGAAGAUCAUGCCCAAGAGCACAUUUCAGGGUGUCAACCUCUGUGUGGUAGACAGCUACCAGGGUGAGGAAAAUGACAUUGUGAUACUCUCCUUAGUCAGAAGCAACAAGGAGGGAAAAGUGGGCUUCCUGAAAAUCCCCAACCGUGUGUGCGUGGCUCUGUCGAGAGCCAAGAAGGGCCUGUUCUGCAUCGGUAACAUGACCAUGCUUUCCUCAGUCCCACUGUGGAGCAAAAUCAUCAACGUGCUGAGCCGCAACAGGCAAGUGGGCAAGGCCCUGAUGCUGCGGUGCGAGAAUCAUCCUGCCACCAUCACAGCGGUGUCCAAGCCGGAGGACUUCCUCAAGGUGCCACUCGGGGGCUGCAGUGUGCCCUGCGAGUACCAGCUGGACUGCGGCCAUGUCUGCACCAGACUGUGCCACCCUACCGACUCAGACCACAAACUGUUCAAAUGCACACAGCCGUGCACCAAGACCCUGUGCCAGGAUGGGCACAGGUGCCCCAAGACGUGCUCCGAAGAGUGCGGCGAGUGCCAGGUGAUUGUCACCAAGACGGUGCCUAAGUGUGGCCACGAGCAGGAGGUCCCCUGCUCUCAAUCGUUGGACAGUUUCAUUUGCCGAGGCCCCUGCAACAAGACACUGCAGUGUGGUCACUUGUGCGUCCAAGGUUGCGGGGAGUCCUGCACGCUCAACUGUCCCCAAAGAGUGACGGUCCCUCUUGCCUGUGGCCACCAACAAGUCACGCAGUGUCACGUGAAGCAGGAGGCCGAUAAUAAACAGGAGCCGAUUAAGUGCUGGAAGAAAUGCGAUGCCGAGCUGGAUUGUGGCCACAUCUGCUCAGGCAACUGCUUUCAGUGUGCGGGGGGAAGCGCACAUCUUCCAUGCGCCUCUCCUUGCAACGCUCAGCUGAUCUGCUUCCACCGGUGCCACAAGGGAUGCAACCAGGGAUGCGCACCCUGCACUAAGCCAUGUGAAACCCAGUGCUACCACAGAAAAUUCCCAAAGCUGUGCUCAGAGGCCUGUCCGCCCUGCACUGCCCCCUGUGGCUGGCGUUGCAAACACCACCAAUGCACUCGCUUGUGCCACGAGCCCUGCGACAGACCUCCGUGCGAGGUCGCCUGCUACAAGAAGCUGAAAUGCGGGCAUUCCUGCAUCGGUAUGUGCGGGGAGCCAUGCCCACAGAAGUGCCGCGUCUGCAAUGCUGAGGAGGUUUUAGGACUGUUCUUCGGCAAAGAGGCCGAUCCCAAGGCCCGCUUCGUGCAGCUGACCGACUGCAAUCACAUCUUCGAGGUGACGGGGUUUGACUCCUGGAUGGCAUCGUCGGAGGAAAAUGGGGCCGUCAGACCAAAGUCCUGUCCCAAGUGCCACACCCCCGUCCGAAGGAGCGUGCGCUACAAUGCUUUCAUUAAAAGCACGCAGCUGGAUGUGGAGGUGAUGAAGAAGAAGGCUGCCGUGAUGUUGGUAGAUCAUAUUCAAAGUGUCAUAAAGGAGAAAGAGAAGAUGGGGAUAAAAUCUCCCGAAAUCCCAACUCUGCUUUCCAAGUUAGCAGAUGCCGACUUGGGAAGAGUUGCAUUAAUCAGUCAGCAGAUUGAACUCCUCUCACAGCUGGCAGAAAUUAAAUACAAUGCAAAGCUAAACAUGCCACGGCACCACUUGCUGCAGGUACACCGUGCACUGCAAUCUUGCAUUAAAAAGGUUGCCAUGGCGGAAUUCAGACAGGUCUCCGAGUGUCAGACUGAGAUGAAACGGAUCUUGUGUCUGGCUGAAGCGUGUGCAUUAGCAGCCAUCUACGCAAAAGCUCAAGAUCGCGUACUGUCUGGCCAGGAACUUACUCCAGAGCGUCCAAGCCUGAAGGAAGUAAUUGCUAAGUUGAUGGUCAACAAGCCUCAACUGAGCAAACAUGAUUUGCUAAAUGUGCAAGAAGCUCUGGAUGGUAUUGCAAAGGAGAUUAACCCACCUACAAGAUGGAAGAUGCUGGGGGACACAGACGGUGUCUCAACUGUCCUCAGUUGCAACUUUUUGAAACUUGCCCAUUGGUUCAAGUGUAGCAGUGGACAUGUAUACUACAGAGCAGGUGCUGACACUGGAGGCCAGAGUGAGUUGUGCCCUGAGUGUCUGAUGACAGAGUGAGCAAGCUCACUACAUUGCGUUCUAUUAGGUCUGUUCUUUUCAAAGCCUUAACUGAAAAUUCCAUUCAAACAGUUCAAUUUUGCAUCAAAGUAGAAUACUGCAGUCAAAUUUAACACUCUAAAGUAGUUCAAUGGUUGUGUGAAAAGGAAAAAAUAACAAUCUUGAUGCAUGGUAUUAGAAUAUACAGUAUUUUACAAUUACCAGCAUCUGUUCAUACCAGUCUGUUAGAUUUUUUAUGCUGUGCUGUAGCUGAAUACUAACCAUUCAAAAGUAAAAAUGAUGUGCAAAAAAUUUCAACUCUUAUAUCCUUAACAUAUAUUCUAUAUAUUCUUAUGUUGCUUUAGCAAAUAACAGUGUUAAUUGCUGGUUGUUACGGAGUGUUUUUAAUUUCAAUCUCAUGAGACUUAAAGGGUACUUUUUUGGUUACGAUGUACUGUAUGUAGGCCUAAAUGUACAUCAUUGCAUGGCCUGUUAUAUAUUUGUAGGCCUAAGCUUUAAGCCUAAUAAAGUUUGCGUGCAUUAAGGGUACCCCUACACCUCAGUGAAAACAGAAAAGUCAGUAUCGUAAAUCUGUUCGUAAUUGUUUCACGACUUAUUAUUGCUUAUUAGAGACUCCAAUAUGUAAACCAUAUUCCUAUCCUGUAUAAUAUAAAAUAAAAACAUUACAAAAAU